AUGAAGACCUGGAUCUAUUCUUCGGGACGAAACGAACGGGGAAAGGAUCCCCAGAAGUUUCUGCCUAGCAUCGAGAACAUCGUGCACUACGAACCUCCUACUUCGACCGUCUUUUGCUUAAUGCAAAUUAAGAUGCCUGCGCGAGGUAACGAGAUCCAGCAGCUGGUUUCGUGGAUCGAAUACGAGACAGUAGUGUGGAGCUUAGCUUUCAUGCUGAUGACAGGCAUUAAGUAG